AUGUUGCAGAGAGCAGCAAACAAUGCAUAUCCAUGGUGGUGGGCCAGCCAUAUCAGGACGAAGCAGUCAAAAUGGCUGGAACAGAGCCUCCAGGAUAUGGAGGAGAAGGUGGAUGAGAUGCUCAAAAUCAUCGAAAAUGAUGGGGACUCAUUUGUCCAAAGAGUAAAUAUGUACUACCGCAAGAGGCCAAUUCUUAUAAAUAAUGUGGAAUACUCAUACAGGUCAUACAGAGCAUUAGCAGAAAGAUAUGAUCAUCUUUCAAAAGAGUUGCAAAGUGCCAAUCGUACGAUUGCUACUGUGUGUCCGGAACAAGUUCAGUUCGAGAUGGAUGAUGAAGAUGAAGAUUAUAGAAAUGAAACAUCUACUUUUGACAAUGAGAUGCCACCCAAAGCUCUCAUCCCAAAAGUUCCUGCAAAUUUAAAUGAAGAUUUCUGGGAGAGUCCUUCAAUGGAACUGCCAAAGAAGGGGCUAAAGAAAACUGGUAGUUCUGCUAAACCUCCUAAACCACCACAGAAAUCAGGCCUCACCAAAAGCGAAGCAUUAGAGGAAACCGGCAAGCUUCAGAAAAGAAUCUUGGCAUCGCAAACUGAGGAGGAGUUUGUGAAGAGUUCAUCUGAAUAUGCGUAUGAGAAGUAUUGGGAUAUUGAGAAUCAGAUAGCUGAAAUGCAGGCCAAUGUGAGCCGCUUGCAGGAUGAAUUUGGUAUUCAUAAUGUUAUAGAUGACAAUGAAGCUAGAACUUUGACCACGGCUCUCAAGUCAUGCCAAGAGACCUUGGCUAAGUUGCAAGGGAAACAAGAGCAGUCAGCUGGAAUGGCAAAAGUAGAGUUCCAAAGGAUCUUGGAGUAUCAUGAGAAAUUUGCAGACCUCAGAAAUGAAUUUCUCCCUAAACAAACAAAUGAGCAUGAACCCUUUACCUUUAAGAAGCAUUUGUCUACAAUUGCAGAAUCAGAUUCAGAAUUGAAAGAAUUGGAUCCAGAGAUCAGUAGGACACAAAGUAGAGGAAACGUGAAAUUGUUUCAGGAAAAUUUUAAGAAACAGUUUGCAGUUGAUUCAGACUCGUCCUCCUCAGUGACCCAAAUGGUUGAGAAGAUUGAUGGACUUAUAGAUGAAGUUGUUAAUUUGGAGCAUCAGGUUUCUUCUCAGAUGGCUUUGGUGAUGAGCUUAAGAUCAGAAAACGAUCAGAUUCAGGCACUCAUUCAUAGCCUGGAAGGGGACAAGGAAACUAUGAUUGCAGGUUCGGACAACAUGAACAAAAGGCUAAUGGCGGUGGAAGAAGAGUUGGCUAGAAUAAGAAGUCUCAAUGAAAGCGUUGAAGAUCAAAACAACAACCUCCAAACACAUUUUACUGAAGCAAGUUGUAGCAUUGAUUACUUGUCCAAGAAGUUACAAAGUAUGGAUUUAGAAGAGAAUGUCGAGGAUGAAGGAUUAUUCCCACAAGUGAAAGCAGCUUCAGACGCAAAAGCAGAAAAUCAGGUCAAAAAAGAAGAAAAGCUGGUUGCUGAGUCUGGUGAUAGUGCAGUGGGCAUAAAAGAACCAAAACCUGAGAAGGAUAAUAAUUCUUCGUUUCUCAGCAUAUCUGCCAAACCUGAAGAACAAAACAUUGUCGAUUCCCGCCCAAAUGUUAAACUUGAUGUUAAUUCUGAAAACUGCCAGGAAUUGAGAUUGACGAAUGAGGAGAAAGAUCAGAAGACGGAGAUGUCCAAUAGAACAAGCUGCAAUCUUAACGCCGACCUAGAGGAACCCGGAAUUGAAGAGGGAGAACCUAAUUGGAGGAUGCUCUCACCUGGGUUAGAGGAAAGAGACAAAAGUCAGUCCGAUAGAACAAGCUGCAAUCUUUACGCCGACCUAGAGGAACCCGGCAUUGAAGAGGGAGAACCUAAUUGGAGGAUGCUCUCACCUGGGUUAGAGGAAGCAGAAAAAAGUAUGAUAGGGGCGUACACUUCAGUUCUUCAGAAAUAUAAAGAUGUAAAGAGAAAGCUGAGUGAAGUAGAGAAGAAUAACCGGGAUGGAUUAAUAGAAUUAGCUUUGCAGAUAAGGGAAUUAGAAAUUGCUGUUGCCUACAGAGAUGAUGAGAUUCAGUCUUUACGAAAUAAAAUCAGCUCACGGUCACCGCAAACCAGCAUGACAGAGUCUCAUCAGGGAGGAUCGGCAUCCCGUGAAAGCAUAAUGCAAUCAGGUAUCUCCCCGGAAUCUUUUUUUUCAUCACAAGCUUCACCGCAGCCUGUUCCAUUCAGUGAACAUAGUUAUGAUUUCGAAGAGAAAACCCAACUGAACAAGUCUCCUCUAAAAGAAGAAACCAAUUUGAAUUUAAAAUAUGCCAAAACUCCCAUUUCUCUUACAACUACAGAAGAAAAAAUCCGCUCAGACAUCAAUAAACUUCUGGAGGAUAACCUGGAGUUCUGGUUGAGGUUCAGCACUUCUUACCAGCAGAUAAAAAAGUAUCAAUCUACAGUAUACGACUUAAAAGCAGAGUUAACCAAACUGAAGAGUAAAGGGAAGAAAGAAGGAAAUAAAAAGCAUCCCUAUCUUCCGUCUGAUCCCCAACUGAUCUAUGAACACUUGAAAGAAGUACAAACCGAAUUAAAAUUGUGGUUGGAAAACAAUGAAGUUCUGAAAGAUGAAUUAAAUGGAAGAUAUUCAAGUUUAUGCAGUAUCCAAGAAGAGAUAGAAAGAGUAUCAAAUACAGGUGGGCAGGCUGAAGAGAAUGGACAAAGUAGUUAUCGAGCAGCCAAGUUUCAAGGUGAGGUUCUGAACAUGAAACAGGAGAACACCAAAAUUUCGGAGCAACUGCUUGCAGGACAUGAACGUGUUGAGAAGCUGAAGAUGGAGGUGGAAACAACACUAGCAGAAGUUGAUGAUGAAUUUAGAAGACAAGGACCCAUAAUGAGUCGUGCAAGAAUUCCCUUAAAAUCUUUCUUGUUUGGAGUGAAGUUAAAGAAACAUAAGCAAAAGUCAUCGCUGUUCUCAUUCAUGAAUCCCACAUUGCAGAAACCGCAUAGACACAGUAGUCCAGCUGUGGCUGGACGUCACCGAUAAUAUUUAAUAGAAUGGUGUGCAGAUAUAUACUAGGAUUUUGACUUUGAUCUAUAAAUGAAACAAACGUUGUGUGUGGUUAUGUUAUUUAAGUGUAUCCUGUAAAUUUGUUUGCUGUAAAAUACUAACUUAAUGUACUUGCAUAAUAGAACUAGACAUUUGCUAGGAAAGACA